UGCCUUUCUCAUGCACAUCAGCUAGCGAUCUCACAUGGCAAACACAGUCUCUUUUAUCUAUCUUUACCUUGUUUUCAACGUGAUAAUUUCCCUUCCACCGCCUUCAAAUGCUAUCUCUUCAUGCAACGGCCCAUGCAGGUCUGAAAAUGACUGUUCCGGCCAACUCAUUUGCAUCAAUGGCAAAUGCAACGAUGACCCAGAAGUUGGAACUCACAUUUGCACAGGAGGCAGCCCUGCGCCGCCUUCAAAUGGUGAUUGCAAGCCAUACGGAACCUUAAGAUGCAAGGGAAAAUCCUACCCUAAGUAUUCAUGCUCUCCACCAGUCACUUCCUCAACAAAGGCUAGCUUAACUCUGAAUGACUUUAGUGAAGGCGGCGAAGGUGGAGCCCCAUCUGAGUGUGAUGAAAGUUACCAUGCCAAGUCAGAGCGGGUGGUGGCGCUUUCGACCGGGUGGUACGCCGGAGGAUCAAGGUGCGGAAAGAUGGUAAGAAUUAUAGCUGGAAAUGGAAGGAGUGUAUUAGCAAAAGUGGUUGAUGAAUGUGACUCGAGAAAUGGGUGUGACGAUGAACAUGGAGGUCUGCCACCUUGUAAGAAUAAUAUUGUAGAUGGAUCUGAUGCAGUUUGGGAAGCUUUAGGGCUGAAUAAAGAUUUGGGUAUUGUAGAUGUUACUUGGUCCAUGGCUUAGUUCAUGGAUCAAUUGCAAACAACUUAAGAAAUAUAUAUGAUGACCUGAACUUGAAAUUACAUUAUAGUUAGGUUGUCAUGUACGUUAGUUUCAAUAAAAGAAGAAUGAAACGAGAAUCGCGUUAAGGUUGCCUUGCUA